GAUCACUUAUAAGGACGGAGCGGCUUGUAUGGAAUGGUGUUGUUAUCUUUAAGGAAAACAAGGUUUCACAAGUCUUACGGACAUGCUUAUUGAUAAAAAUAGUUUUUUCUUCAUUACUUGAGUUCUUUUAAGAAGAAAGUUUUGAUUAAGUGAAGGAAAUUGGAGUUAAGAAAUAUACGCUGCACAUUAAGCAAUAGUUUGCUUUACUCCAAGUUGCUUAAACAAAAUAUACAUAUAUAAAGGCAGAGGAAAAAAUAGAAAUAUUGACAUGUAAACUGAAACAAUAAAAAAUAAAAAAUCACAAUUUUUGCCUCGUGGAAAUAUCCUAUUUCUAGUAAAAGUAUAGUGUGACUUUUAAUUAUUUUCAUGACAUUUUAACACAAAUUUUGUCUGCAGAGUUUUCUUUCUUUUAAAUUUGAAUAAUACAUUAACAACAUGCUUGCCUUGCUCGGAAUCACCAUAUCACUGUUAGUGAGUGCUUCCUCGUUGCCCAUUACCGGGCCAAAUGAAUACGGGAUUAUCUUAGACGCCGGAAGUAGCAGUACCAAGAUCCGGAUAUACUCGUGGACGGACACUUUCCUCGAGGCGCCGAAGUUUGCGGAGGAGUUUUACUUUAAGGUGUCACCAGGAAUAGGCAGUCUUGGUGGUCAAGACGCGGAAAUAUUGGCGUAUAUGCAAAACAUUAUGGACGCUUUAAAAGAGGAAGUUCCGAAAGAGUUUUGGCCUACCACUUCUAUCUAUGUAAUGGCAACUGCAGGUUUACGUCUACUGCACGAGGACGAGACGGGCGCUAUCAUGGAUGACGUGCAAGCAACGCUAGGGAACCCGGAAGUGAACCCUUUCCGCUUCCUACCAGAGAACGCGCACAUCCUGUCAGGGGAGGAAGAGGCGUUGUUUGCCUGGCUGACCGUCAACUAUCUGACUGGCUUCUUUGUGGGAAACAGACAUUUCACCGACUCCUACGGCCUUAUUGAACUAGGAGGUGGUUCAGCUCAGAUCGCGUUUAUCCCUGACGACCCGAUAUAUGCUGGAAAGAUGCCGGCCACGAUCGCAGGAAGGGAGUACGGGGUCUACUGUCACAGCCACCUGUCAUAUGGGGCGUCUUUGAUUGCAGAGAGGAUCGUAGAGUAUCUUGUUCGAGAAAAUCCAUACGCCAAUGUAAUCGUCAACCCCUGUAUGCUUAAAGGUGAUUCAGCUAAUAACACGGUACUCGGGAAAGCGAUAGGUCUCGUUGGCGGCGGGAAUGCCUCCCUGUGCGAGUCGCUGCUUAACCACUUCCUGGCUACAGCAGAACCCGACAUGUGUUCACCCAAACCGUGUUCUAUAGGCCAGGUAUACCAGCCACCAGUAAAGGCGCGGACAUUCUUCACAUUUGGACUCAUCUACUAUCUGGCAAAGGACUUGAAAAUACUUGAUGGACCGGGCACUCUGGACCUCGCUAAGAUGCAGACUUUAGCUCGCGUCUACUGUCAGCAGAGUUACGAUGACGCCGUGUCAGUAUUGAACAUGUCGCCAAAGUACGCCUCCCGUAACUGCCAGGACGGCCUCUAUAUUCCCCUCCUCUUCUCCGCUCUCGGGUUCCAGCUCGACACACAGCAGGUCAUGGCCGCUGGCGAUAUCAACAAGUCGUCUGUUGCCUGGAGCCUGGGAGGUAUGCUGUACGAAGAGGAACGGAGCCGGUAUAUGGAGCUCACGGAAUCCAUCAUGGGACACGAGUCUACAGGACUCUAACUUAAAUUGCACACACAUUGAACUUUUAUCGCACAGAAUUGUGAAUUUCAUUAUUUUGUUUAUUUACGUUAAAAUUAUCCAUAUAAUUGUUAUUUUUUACGCCGUAUAUAUAGCUCGACGAUGGCGCUUUUUCAAUGGGAUGUAUAAUAAGUGGGCAGUAAUUAAAAUUGCUUUUUACUACCAUGUAUUCUAUUGUUUGGUGCAGAACAAUAGGUAAAACAUACGGAUGGUUUCAUAUAUUCUGACCAAAAGUCAUGAACAUAGGAUAAAUAGGUCAAAUUUAUAAAAGAAAAAAAAUGAAAUUGUGCUUUGGAAUUUAUGUUCAACUGUUUAUAGACUCGAGGUGACCCAUAUUCGUAAAUUGGUCGAGACAACAUGCAGCCAAGUUCUCUGACCAAAUUUCAUUCAUAACAAUUGGAUAAGAGCAACUGAAUUUAUAACGGGGAUUUCAUCCAAGAUUUGACCUUAUGACCUAGUUGAUGACAAGAAGUGACCUAUAUUCAUAACUUAUCAAGACAAAAUGCAGAUAAGUAUACUGAUUAAAUGCCAUAACAGUUGGAAAAUAACUUUUGCACUGUGACGGGGAUUCUUUUUCUAAGAUUGUACGUGCUCAUAUUAAUAUUUAUUCAAGUCAACAUGCAUACUUGUAAGUAUUCUGACUAACUUUCAUAACAACUGCAUUACGCAUAUUGAAUUUAUGACAUGCAAUAAAAACUUUAACGCAAAAGUGUUGGCGACAUACGCCCGCCCGGCUAACUACCCUCCCGGUUUUUGCCAUUGUAUGGAUAAAAAUAUCAGGCUAAUAACAAUUUCCCCCCGCAAACCUGAGAGAUCAUUGUUAAGUCAUAUCAACAUUGCGACCGCGAUGCAAUCUCUUCGUGCCGGUAUAAAUGGACAACCACAAUAAGGUUUCAGAGUUCAUAGAUAGGUUUCAUCAUGGUCGCCACAAGGUUUCAGCGCGGUAGCAAAACCAAAUCGGUUUCAGCCAGACGACUGAUUUGGUCGCUGAGAGAUUUUGGUCUCCUACGGGUCUAGACUGUUUGAAUUUAACCGCAGAUUGGUUUCAACUGUCAGACUAUCGGUUUCGUCAAGACAAGAGUGCUGAAUCUUUUGCAACCUUGUGGCUGAGAUUGACAAGUGCUAGGGCGCUUCAUCUGCGACCUGUUACCGCAGUGGUUUCCAAGCGUGUGCCGAUCGUUCGCCGUUGAGUUUGCAAUAUAUCACCAUUUAACCGAACUGUUUUUAAAUUCAGAAAUGUUCUGCUAUUAACAUGUUGACAACUCUCAAAUAAAUAACUUGAUUCGGAAAUACUUCUUUUAAUAAACAUUAUGUCUUAGUCGGUGAUCGAUCGACAACUAAUCAGCAAUCAAUCCUCUUUCAGUCGCUACUAGUCACAUAAGAUUUGCUGAGGCCAAUAAGAAAAUAAUUGCUAGAUUUUCAACAAUUUUUUUAACGGGGGCGGGGGUCGACAUUUUUUUAUUCUUCUAAGAUGACCGUUUCACCAUUGAUUAUGUUUUCUUAUUGCUUAUUACCAUGAACAAGUUGUAACAAUUCUCCUUAUUUACAUGUGAAUGUUAAACAUCGUAGCCGUUUGUAAGAAUAAACGUUGUUCCCAGUACCGGACCGAUACGCAAAUACACUUACUUUAUAGUCGCCUUAGAAGUUACCGAGUUCCGAGCCUUUUGCCGUGUCUGCGGUGAACAGUUGUCGAUACAUUGCCGAACAGUCACUGACAACGCUGUAUAAUCGGCGAUCUAACCCUGAUUCUGACUAUGGGCAAAAGUGGUUGCACCGCUCUCAGCGCUCGCUAAUAUGUCCUAUAUAAAAAUUGCCAGCAAGAGGUCGCAUCACGGUCGCAAUGUUGUGCCCCCGAGGCGUGACCGGGACUGAUUUGCAUACAUAUGCAAACAUUCCACAAGUUUGUUUAUUUUUUUGUUUAAAUUUGAGUUCAAAAAUGCAUUGUUCAUUCAGUUUGUUGUUGUUCUUUUCUUCUUCCACUGAAAUGUUGCCCGAGAUUAAUUUUCAAUGCGGUGUCGACAGAAGUGACUAUUCCAAUUCGUAAGGCAAAGAUACAGAGAAGUAAUCUGAGGAGAAUUUUGAAUUGACACUGUCCAUGCCUAUCAAUAACCUGGGAUUCUUUCUAAACAGGUUGUGUUCUAGUAUCUAAAUGUAACAAGAACGUACAUGUUCGUAGGUCGAUAGAAUUAAAGGAACCGUCACUGACCAUGCAAUAACGACGACAAGUAUAUGUGUACGAAUUAUGUUGAAUAAAACAUAAUUGUUUAAUAACCAAGUGUAUGUCUUAUCAUCUACAGCUUUCGGUGAUCUAAAUCUACAUUUUUAUUUUACUGAACAUAUUCUGAAAAUAAAUACAAUCCGACACUUUA